GGCGGGCUGCCAGGAUGGGAGGGUUUGGGUCCUGGCUGACAUCACCUCCCAGCUGGCUGCACGGGGCAGGAAGAGCAGUUGUUUACAGGUUGGUUAAGUUGCCUUAAACUGCAAAAAAGCUGCCCAAGUGAUCUGAAGAAAACAAAAAAAGAUGUGGCCAUUUUGGGGACUGGAACUGAACCGAGUCCGCUGUGACCUGCUCUUUACAGAAGCCAUCAAUCAAAGCAUGCAGGUACCCAACAGGCUGAAGGUAGCAGAUGGCUUCAGCCCUGUCGACGAGGAGCCAACGACAGAGGAUGUUCCUCCGUCCUUUCGGAUGCACAUCCCAGAUAGGAUUUCUCUUGCAGAAAUAACAGAUGCUGGUCCGAGGCCCAUCCUGCUAGACCAGCAAAGGAAGGUCCCCUCUAUUGUGGUGCACGAGUCCCCAGACUCCUCCGCUCAGCCUGCUGCACUUGGGGAGCUCCCUUUUCUGCAUGUAGCCAACAGAUCAAGCUCCCAGAAACGCAAACGACCGGGCCAUCACAGCAGCAGGUCGCGGCGGGAGAGGACUCCAAGUGACUAUGCCCAGCUGGCUUUGCACAGCCCAGGCCAGUGCCACGAACGGCCGGACACGUGCCCCCUACCUGCUCGCAGCGCCCCGCUCCCCCUCCUUAUGCAGACGGGCAGGAUCUACUCCAUGCAGAACAUCUUCCAGACCAUGUGCCUCCUGGGCCAGGUGCUCUUCCACCGUGUCCAGAACUCUCUGCAAGACCCAGUGCCAUCCAGCUCCCAGGAGGCAGGCCCAGCCUCGGAAAGCUCCCUGGAGGAGGUUGGCAUGGCUGAGAUGGCAGCAAUGAGAAAACAGUUGACGAGGAUCUCGGGGAGGCUCCGGGUGCUGGAGGAGCAGUGCAACAGCUGGCGUCAGAAGGAGGCUCUGGUCUACUCUGUGCUGAUCUCUGCCUGCCUCAUCAACACAUGGCUCUGGCUGAGGAGAUGAAGGCUUGCUGUGCCCUGACUUUCCCUCCCCAACCUGGCAGGGCGGGUGAGAGCAGGGACAGGAUCCUUGCCCAAAUACUUGUGAACAGUAAAACUAUGCUGCUUCCCCUUAACUUGAUCUGCUUUUUGCACUGUAGGCCCUUGAGGAUUUGUGUCCCUUAGGCGCCGAUUACAAUGAAGAUGGCGUCCUUCUCUCAUACUCUAGCAUCAGAGGCAGGUGAGGUGAAAAGGAUGAAUCUGGACCUUGUGCCAGAGCACCUGGAGAUGGGCGUUAGGGAGAGGUGGGGAACGACGAUGAAUAUGGCUCAACAGGCAUAGUCUCGGGCUUGAGCUCUGACUGUAAAUGCUCUGUGAACACUAGCGACCAUGUUGCCUGUUUGACGGACUCAGUGCUUGCCUGGGAAGACGUUGUGAAGGUCUCAUAAGAAAUAGGUGGUGUUGCAGUAAGUGUUUGUAGUGCGUGAAGCAAUGGGAUAUACUCUACCCCUUUGGCUGUCUGCCAGAGGAGAUGCAAAACCACGGCAGCGAGUGUUUGUGGACAUCAGGUCCUGCUACAGUUUUGGACAGUGGUGGGCCUGGCCACCUUCCCAGGAUCCUAGCAUCCCAGCUUGGACAACUCAGUCCUGACCCCCAAAAUUCCUCAGCCAAUUACUGUAGUCUCUUUCUCAUCUUUUCCCCCCAAAGCUUGUAAAGAGUAGUUGUGCAUUUUUACACUACUGAUGAAUGACAAUUUCUCUUUUCUUCCUUGAGCAACUGUUCUUAAGUGGAUGUAGUACCGCCAAUUCUCCUAUGCCAAGAUAGCCCCUGCUCUAGGAGGGAUGAAUCUGGUGGAGCUGGGAGCUCCCAUCCCUCCAGCCACUGCUGCGCGACUGUCUCCUUGGCUCCCAUCCUGUUGGAUGCAGUUCAGCAAAGGGUUUGCAAAUGUUGAGAUCCAAAGCAACUCUAAGAAGCGAGGUCUGGGCUUAUCCAGGAGCUUGGCUAUUUCUCAGUGAGGUUUAAAUGAAAAACCUCCCCAUGGUGACUCUCUAGAUAAUAAGACCUUAUAACAGCACUAAUAGCACCAGACAGGCCGUGGAAAAUUGCCCGCUUGGGCAGCAAUAUAAAUUUAUUAGGUUGCCAAUGCUGGAGGGAAAGAUCACUCCCAGAGUGGCUGCCAAACUGUAACUUCAGCAGCAGCACAAUAAUACAGGUUGGGGGAAUUCUUGGCCCAGAUGCUCUUUAGCUAAUGACCAGCCCAAUUCAACAGCUUUGCUAUUUCUUUGCUUCCUUGGAAUUUAGCCCACUUGGAUCUGCAGUAGGCUUUGCCACCUGGGUCCCACAUGCCUGGCUGGACCAGCUCAGCAGCAGUCACGUUCCCCUCCAUGACCUCCUCAUCAGAGUGGGUUUGGGUGGAUGUGAACUGGGAUUGUUGAUACCACCCUAUAGCCACAAGCUCUUUAGAGACCUGCAUGAAGACAAGGUCCAUGCUCACCCUUGGGAUGUAAGGGUACAAGAUAAGAGUGGAGGAAAGGGAACCGACACAUGGAAAAUGGUGUGCUGGGAUGUCAAGGGGUGCUUUGUGCCUUGAAAUUCAAGGCUGCAGUGAGGUGACUUUGAGAUGCUUUUUGUGGUUUAUCCAGAAUAUCUGCUGGAGCUGUGCCUGCAGACUUGGGGUCAGGUCUUGGCAAUGCUUUAACAGGACCUCUUUGUUCCACCUAUAAAUAGUUAUAGCUGGAACUGUAGGACAUCCAGAUGUCCCAACUGCUUAUUUACAGACAUGGAUACUUAGGUGUUUUGUGCCUGCAGCUGCAUCAACUAUCUGCCUGUAAAUCUGGCAGCCAGACAUUUACUAAUAAAUAGCUGUCCCACAAGUAAUUGCAGGUCUGAACCGGUGGCUCUGUGGCCAGUAUGUGAGCUGAGGAGAGAGGUGAGAUUUAUUGUGGACGAGAGCCAGGAUCUCCCGAUGGCUGGGCUGGCUCAGAGCGCAGUGGCAGGGUGUGUGUAAGGGUCUGCUGCAGCAGAGAUGCUUCCCAUGGCUCAUGGCUGAGGGAUGGGGUCAGGGUUACCAGGGGACCUCAUCUAAAUUCAUAUACAAAUUCUGCCUGCAGCUCUUCUGGGGUGACUGGAGUGUGAUUUGCUCGGCUGAUACUCUGACUCACUGGGUUUUCUGGAGGGGCAGGAGAGGGAAAUAGCCCAUUUUGCCACCUCUCCUCUCUUUGUACACAUGAUUUGAAGAGGGAGGUGACACAGCCUCUGUGAGAGUCGUGCCAGGAAAACACAUUGUUUGGAAAGUACUUGUUUGGCUGAUUCCUCUUCUCUGAGAACUGAAAAUGUGCUCUGGAAGAAGCUUUUUCUUCCCCCCCCCCCCAAACUGUAGCUUAGGGUGAGAAGAGCUGAUCCUUUGGGGACACAACACCUUCAAAGUGUGCCUUGAAGAUGUUUAGAGGGGAGGUGAUUCAGCCCCAUAUGUGUUCUUCAAGGCUAAUUAUUGACAGGUUGCAGAGGAUACAAUAUGGCUUUUCCAUAAGGCAUGCUUCUUGGUGUAAAUCUGGAAACACUCAUCGGUAAAAUACGUGUUUGAAUAAACUCAGUGUGUCUUGA